AUGAAUAUCCUGGUGGACACUGGAAGCAGCAACUUUGCCGUGGGUGCAGCCCCUCAUCAGUUCCUGCAGCGAUACUACCAGUGCCAGCUCUCCAGCACCUAUCGGGACCUGCGGAAGGGAGUCUACGUGCCCUACACGCAAGGGAAGUGGGAGGGAGAGCUGGGCACUGACUUAGUGGCCAUCCCUCAUGGCCCAAAUGUCACGGUCCGUGCCAACAUUGCCGCCAUCAUCAAGUCGGACAAGUUCUUUAUCAAUGGCUCCAACUGGGAAGGCAUUCUGGGCUUGGCAUAUGCCGAAAUUGCCCGGCCAGACAACAGCCUGGAGCCCUUCUUUGACUCACUGGUGAAGCAAACGCAGGUGGCCAACAUCUUCUCCCUGCAGCUGUGUGGCACCAGCUUCCCGACCAAUGAUUCGGAGACCCUGGCGUCCGUGGGGGGCAGCAUGAUCAUUGGGGGCAUCGACCAGGCCCUCUACAGGGGCAACAUCUGGUACACCCCUAUCCGGAAGGAAUGGUACUAUGAGGUUGUCAUAGUCAAGAUGGAGAUCAAUGGGCAGGAUCUCCAGAUGGACUGCAAGGAGUACAAUUAUGACAAGAGCAUUGUGGACAGCGGCACCACCAACCUUCGGCUGCCCAAGAAGGUCUUUGAGGAGGCAGUGAAGUCCAUCAAGACAGCUUCCUCGACAGAGAAGUUCCCGGAUGGCUUCUGGCUGGGGGAGCAGCUGGUUUGCUGGCAAGUGGGAACGACCCCUUGGAACAUCUUCCCGGUCAUCUCUCUCUACUUGAUGGGGGAGGCCACCAACCAUUCCUUCCGGAUCAGCAUCCUGCCCCAGCAAUACCUACGGCCUGUCGAGGAUGUGGCUACCUCCCAGGACGAGUGCUACAAGUUUGCUGUCUCCCAGUCCUCCACUGGCACUGUCAUGGGGGCAGUGAUCAUGGAGGGCUUCUACGUGGUCUUUGACCGGGCUCAAAAGCGCAUUGGCUUUGCUGUCAGCACUUGCCAUGUGCAGGAUGCAUUCCGGACAGCCUCGGUGGAUGGGCCUUUCCUGCACCCCAACAUGGAGGACUGUGGUUACAACAUCCCCCAGACGGACGAGUCGACUCUGAUGACCAUCGCAUACAUCAUGGCAGCCAUUUGCGCUCUCUUCAUGCUUCCUCUCUGCCUGAUGGUCUCGCAGUGGCGCUGCCUGCACUGCCUCCGCCGUGGUCACGAUGACUUCGCUGAUGACAUUUCCCUGCUCAAGUGA